AUGGAAUCUAUGAAAGAGAUGCAAAAGCGAAUGAACGACUCCAAAGAUGAGGCUGGCUUGGUGAAGGGUGUCGAAACCAUCCGAACUGGCAGUCCUGAUCUUCCUGUUCUAGCACCAUGGGAAGCCCAACAAGGACCGUUGAUCCUUGGCGAUUGGCUGUUGCUGGCAGAGCCCAUCAUAGCCGACUUGUCCUUAACUGCAGGUGAAUGGUGGCGAAGCACUGUCAAAUCAGCUGAGGAGUGGUACAAGCUUCACAUGAGUUUGAGCCCUUUGGAAAGAAUCAAGCACCCCUGUCAAGCACCGCCUGAGAUCACCAUGGAAAAGUGGCAACGUGUUGAACGCCGAGCGAGAAAUCGCGCAAAAGAAAUCGGAGCUGUUCCUCCGGAUCCAGCCCUACAACUGAAGGGGCUCCUCAAAAUGUCAAAGAAGCAAUUGGAAAGCAAGCGAGAACUGCAGUUCAGAGUCUCCCUAGUCCGGUCUGGGCUUGGUGUGGACACUACACCAAAUGAUGUAAAUGUGGAGCAGUUUGCAUACCACCUUCUUGCUGAAUUUGAACAACUGGCUCUGACUGAGAAGAAGCCAGGAACAUCCUCGGCCGCUGCCAAGGGUGAACAGCCGAAGCUGAAGUCUUUGGAAGCAGAGAAGUCAAAAGCAAAGAAAGGCGAAGAAGAGACUGGAAGGCCACGAAGGCAGAAGGUUGAGGGGGAGGAGAAGUCACCAUCAAGUUCAAAAGCCAAGGAGGACGAAGGAAGCUCAGAACAGGCUUCUAUGAAAGACUUCUUGGAACAAACGAAUAAGAUGCUGAAAAGCCUGACAACAUCUGCGUCCGCCACUUCAUCCACAACAAGUUCUGCAAAUGAGCCAAGAGAUGAAGUUGUUGACCGACUUCAGCAACAACUGAACUCGCUGAAGUUGAAGGUGUUCAAAUUGAGCCAAGUUUCCUUUGGAAAAUCACAAGGCCUUGUAGACUCAGGGGCUACUCACGCACUCCGUCCACUACGUCCUGUGGAACCCUUUGCAGGAUACAAAACUGUGCCUGUGACCCUUGCGAAUGGCCAACAAGCUCAACUGCGAAUGACUCCAGGAGGCGUGAUGGUCCCUGAGAGGGCUGAUGCGGAGCCGAUCUUACCAAUGGGUUUGCUCAUUGAAAAGCUUGGCUGCAAAAUCGAAUGGAAUAGUGAAGGAGUUUGCCUUCGUCACCCACAGCGUGGCAUUUUGCCAAUCCAAGUUAGCGGUGGUUGCCCUCAAAUGGUUAGCAGACGAGCCAACUUCAUGGUCAACUUUGCCUGUGAACCGAAGAACCAGGAAGCGAAUGCAGGAGAGGACUCUGGUUUUACUCUUGCCCGUGCAUGGCAUCAACAAGGAGGUGAAGCCUCCGCUCUGUUGGAGAUUGACAUCAAAAGAGGUUCACAUCAUGACCUUUCAACUGAAGUUGGACCCUAUGCAGCGUUGAUCAGAGCUGCACUGGAGAACAAGAUCCACGCCAUCGUCGGUGGCCCAAAUUGCCGAAGCAGAAGUGUCUUGCGUCACUACAAGGUGCCUGGUCAGCCAAACUGUCCACGCCCAAUCAGGUCAUGGGGAGGAGGAGAAUAUGGAAUCAAUGGACUCUCAGAUACUGAAAAAACUAUGAUUGAAGAAGAUGACAUCCUCCUUUGGCGCAUGAUCUUCCUGGCCAUGGUCUCCAACUACAUCAAUGAGGCACGAAAAGAUCCAAGACCUGUUGGCUUCACCUUGGAACAGCCAGCAUCGCCCAAGGACUACAAGCCAGAAGUUGUGUCCUUUUGGGAUACCAAAGAAUGGUCCUCCUUGAAAAAGGAGUUUGGUUGGGAUGAAACUACGUUUGCACAGGGUCAAUAUGGUGGCUCCGCUACCAAACCAACAACCUUUGGCGGAAACUUGAAGCUGGAGGUCAACAACCACAAAAGAAUGAAGAAAGCAAGUGAAGGAGUGGAGAUAAAAUCUUCAAAAGGCCUUUCAAGAUGGGCCCCUGGCGUCAUGGCGAUGGUUGCUGAAGCUUUGACAACACAAGUGAUGCAGCGCAACCCAAUGCUGCGUCCUCUGAGCUGGGAUGAACACAUUGCCCAUGGGCAUACUCCAUAUCGUCGAGAUUGUGCAGUAUGUCAACAAACUAUGCAGCAGUGCCAUCCUCACAGAAAAGUUCCAUAUCCAGUUGGAGGAGUUCUUUCCUUGGACGUUGCUGGACCGUUAGUCCCAGCAAAAGAUAUUGGAGGUCUCUACGCAAGAUGGAUGUUGGUUGGCACUCUGACAUGGGCAGUCCCCGCUGAAUCAGACAAGAUGAAAGAUCCUGAAGUAUACCCUGAAGAUGAAGAAGGAAAAGAUGAAGUUCAAGCGAAAGAAGGUCAAGAGGAGGCAGCAGGUGAGAAGGAAGAUGAAGAAGAUCCAGUUGAUGUUUGGGGUGAAGAGGAUGAGGUUAAAGAAGGAGGGGAAGAGAAGAAAGAAGAAGUCUCGGUCCCAGGGGGAGCUCCGCCUGAGCCACCCUAUCUCUUGCCCCCACCUGAAAAGAAAGAAGGAGAAGAAGAUCCCAAACCUGGAGGCUUCGACAUCAAGAUCUUCCGCUUAGGCUUAGCUGCAGCUAUGAUCACCAAAACUGCGAGAGAAGUCACCAAAACAGCCAUGGACUUCAUCCUCAAGCUCAGGAUGGAUGGCUUCCACAUUGGAAGAAUACGUUCAGAUCGAGGUCAUGAAUUCUCCGGGGUCUUCCGGAAAUGGGCCAACUCACGUGGCAUAGUGCUGACAUGCACACCUGGAGAUGAUCCUCGCGCGAAUGGCCGUGUGGAAGACGUCCUUGUCAGACGUCGCACAUGGCGACAGGGUGUCUUUGAGCCCACCGUGGAAACCGUCAAGUACCUGUUUCCAGCUCCAGAAGAGCAUGGACAUUGGGUUCAGCCUGAAGAUGAACCGCCAAGAGUCACCAAAUAUGUCCUUCGAAAAGCAAAAGAACCAAUCACUGACCAGAAAUGGGUCGCAAUUGAGAAGGAGGUCGCUGAUGCUUUGACCACCACAAGAAGGUUGCGAGAGAAAACAUCAGUGAGAAAGAUAGAAGUUGAGGAGAAAGAUUCAAAGAAUGAGGAGGAAGCAGAAAGAGAGAAGUCUCAUCAGCUGAAGCAGAGGCUGGGAAAAAUGAUAGAAGAAGAGAUGAAGUACAUGGUCGAAGACGACCCUGACAUAGCAGUAGAAGAACUCAAAUGGGUAGCGAAGAUGAAGAGAAUGAUGGAAGAACCAAGUGAGGAGGACAAAAUUCUCCAAACGAAAGUGAUCUCGACAAGAGAGGUUGCCAGAAGUUGGAAAAGUUGGCUGGAAGCCAUCGAUGCAGAAGUUCAAAGUCUUUUAGAAGAAAAGGAAGCUUUGAAAAAGAUCACAAGAAAGGAACUGGAGGAGAUUCAAAAGAAAGCUGCUCAAGAAGGCCGCACUGCGGAGAUCAUUCCGUCCAAGUUGGUCUUCACAAUCAAAUCUGGUCCCAAUGGCGGCAAGCGCAAAACUCGUUGGGUGAUUUGUGGAAACUACGAGUCCAAAAAGGAUUCCGAAAAAACCUUCUCCAGCGGCGCUGAUGCCGCCGCCUUUCGCCUGUCCAUCUGGGCAGCAUCCCGCCAUCAAUGGGCUGGUGCAGUCAUUGACAUAAGACUUCUCUUCUCAACGCUGUGA